AUGAUCACAUUUUUAUUUUUAAACACAACACAUUGAAUUAUUGAACAAUUGCACAUUAUUGAACAAUUACAUUUUAUUUAUUUUCUUUUUAACUAGUAAACCUACACAUUCUGAACCAUUAAAGUUUUAAGCAGUGUAUUGGUAGUUAGUUAACAUGUUACCUAACUGAUCAACAUUUAUAGGUACAGGCUAAUAGCAAGGUAUAUAUGCUAUCUCAUUGAACAAGCAACUUAACUCAAAUAAUGAGGUAUGUGCUAGGCAACUCUCUCCAGCUCUCUCCAGGUUGUUGCGCUGCUUGGAUAGCUAGAUGCUCAAUGGUCUCCUCCAGAUAUUGCCACUGUUCUCACACACACUGCAGUACACACUACCACCAUCAGUUGUGUGUCUCCGCCAGUUCCAGAAAGUCCAGUCCUUGCGUACGUACUGUAAAUAUGAUGAAUCAUAGAUUGGCAAUCCUCUUCAUCUUCACUGUCCACCUGCAUUGUCAUGGAGCUGGAACCAGCAGUAGAGGAUGGAGUGGCCUUAAAUCUGUAUGCUGCUGUGGUGCCAAACUGCUGCAGAACUUCACUUGGUAGUUUAUGCUGGUAACAGGUAUCACCAGCCAGCUUCAGUCCAUACCGCACCAGGAGUAUGGAGUUGAGAGUGUGAAGUGACAUUCUAUUUCUUAACUUUGACUUGACCACACUCGUUUGGCUGAACAGCCGUUCAACCUCCGCAUUUGAGUGUGGUAAGGAGAGGACAGUGAGGGCAGCUUUGCACAGUUCUUCAAAUGGAUUUGACCCGGAAGAGUCCGUGUAGUUAUUGACUUCACUCCAAAACUCGACUGUAUUUUCAGUUGAGUCCCACCUAAACAGAUGGAUGUUUCUCCAUUGGAAACAAUUUGAUCAAUUGUUUGGGGCUGGUAUCCCAGUAGCCCAGCUACUUUAAUAAUUUCAGUGGUGCCUUUAUUGUGCUUUAGCGUUUCCUUAACACUGAACAAGGCCAUGUUUCGCAAGACUUCUAGGUUGUCUGGGAGCCUUGCUUGCAGCUCCUUGCUUAAAGCAACAAUGUAGUUGAUGCACUGUCUCCGAAUGACCUUUUUGUCCUCUGGCGCAAGACUGAGUUGGUACACCGUGCUCUCGAAAAGGUACCGAAGGUAUGGUGAUGGACUGAGAUGUCCAUCAAUGGCAUCCUUCAGGACAUCCAUUUUUGCCAUAGGGUUGACUACUUUGUUGCAAAUUGAUGUUAAAAGGUGUACCAGAUUGUCCAAAAGCUUGACAGGAUCUGUUUGCUCACCCUCAAAUGACGUCACUGCAACUUGUACGUCGGACAGGAUUGAUUUCAAGAAUAUCAGGUAGACAUAGUUGGUCUUGUCCAUGUACAUGGCGUGGAGCACAUCAGCCAUGUAGCAACGCUCACCUGCAUUGGUCAACUCAAAGUGGAGUUUCAGUUCUUCCCACUGGCUCAAUAUAUGAGUUACCGCAGGCUCAAUCGAUAGCCAACGUGUGGCACACACUUUGGUGAUCUGCAGGGGUUUCUGGCCACAAUUAACGCCUCGCGCCGUUUUGUGGAAAUCGAAAACCAGUUGUAGGUUUCCCUGAUUAAGUACUCAACACUCCUAGGGAUGGUUUCUUUGGAUGCUGCACAGACAGCCAAUUGUGAAGACUGGCACACACAGCAGAUGAGUACCAAAUUGGGCAAUGCACAUCUUUCCUUUAAAAUCUUGUGCACCCCAGUCAUCACGGACGCAUUAUCAGUGCCAAUACCCUGAAGAUUCUCUUUUUUAAGGUUACACUUCUGAAGAAACUCAACUACCGCCUUUGCUAUUGAUCUGGUCAUCGCCCCCCUCCAAUUCAACCAGCCCGAGAAAUGUGGACACCGGGAUAAAGAUGUCUUACAGUAGGAGUGUAGUUUUUGGAAAAAGGGGACCCGUGCCCUUUCGCUGAUCCAUUUGUGGUUUCAGGGUGGGUGAAAACAGAGCUGGGUGCUGUGGAAUCUUCGAAGGUAACCAGACGUGGUCUUUGUUUGUUUCUGCUGGUCAGAGGGAGAAGACGCUCCGCGUUAAAAAGAAUGGGGCCAAGAAAUGUAGGCAUGUCUGAAAACAAAGCCAUUGAACUGGAACUGCAAAUGCGACAAAAUGCAGAGGACCUGCAUAACUUCAUGAAAGAUCUUGACAGCUGGGAAACUGUCAUAAAGAGGAAGGAUGAGCAACUAAGAACUGGGAGCUUUAGCGAGUCUCAAAAAAGCCUCCCACCAGUGCGAAACAAGAACUACAAAAAGAAGAGGGAGAAAAAGAAGGCAUCAGACAACAAUGCAAAGACUGAACCAAAACAAGCACGCAGGAUAAAGUCUCAUGACUAUCAGUCAUGGGACAAAUUUGAUGUGGACAAGGUAUUGGAGUCCAUGGAUAAAGAGGACAGCGCUGCUGAGUCCAAUGACUCUGAGUCUGAGGAUUCUGGGGUUCCUGCUACUGACCAAGACAAGGUGCUUGCUGAGAAGGAGAAAGGCAAUCAGCUGUUCAAAGAAGGGAAGUAUGAGGAUGCCAUUGAGUGUUACACCAGAGGCAUGGGCGCAGACCCUUAUAACCCCGUUCUGCCUACAAACCGAGCUGCCUGCUUCUUCAGACUCAAAAAGUUUGCUGUUGCCGAGUCUGACUGCAACUUGUCCAUCGCUUUGGACAGUAACUACUUCAAAGCAUUUGCACGAAGAGGAGCGUCUCGAUUCGCCCUGCAACAUUAUGAAUCUGCCCUAGAAGAUUAUGUAAUGGUUCUCAAGCUGGAUCCUGGGAACCUGGAGGCACAGAAGGAAGUGAUGAAAUGCAAAGAGGUCAUUGCUAAACUGGGUGGAAAGGCAGAAAGCCCAGAGGCUGCAGUGGUGACGCCACCUGUGGUGGACGUCAAGCAACAGCAGCUCAUGGACGAACAGCAGAGGAGACAGGAGGCGGUGGUGCAGAAAGACAGGGGGAAUGCAUACUUCAAAGAGGGGAAGUAUGAGGCUGCAGUAGUGGACUACACCAAGGGCAUGGAAGCGGACAGCACCAACGUCCUCCUGCCUGCCAACCGGGCCAUGGCUUACUUAAAGCUGCAGAGAUAUAAAGAGGCUGAGGAGGACUGUAGUAAAGCAAUAGCCCUGGAUGGCACCUAUUCAAAGGCCUUUGCCCGCAGAGGAACAGCCAGGGCUGCUCUGGGACUGCUCAAACAAGCUAAAGAAGAUUUUGAGGAGGUCCUGAAGCUAGAACCAGGAAACAAGCAGGCAUUUUAUGAGAUGAAGAAGAUUGCAAUUGACAUGGACACCAGUGGUCUGCUGGCAACAGAAGAGCAUGCACAGCGGAGAACAGUACAGCCAAUUAACAAACCACCUGACCUGCAGUCAACCAAGCCAUUGAGUAGAGUGGACAUUGAAGAGGUUUGUGGAAAGAUCCUGGUCCAGGAGGAGUCCUCGGCUGUGUUGACUUCAACCACAGCCCCCCGUGUUAGGCACCAGAAGACCACCUCCAUUGCAGACACCGUGAGAGAGGGUCAGGCCUCACCCCCCUCUACCUCCCCCAGUGCUAAGAUCCCGAAGAUUGAAGAAACAUCAAACCUCCCCUCACAUUCCCCUGUCAAAGGGCCUGUAGGGUAUGCUGUGAGAGCACAGACACAGCAGCACAGGGAGGCAACUGUCAGUGAACCAACAGAACCGCCUGCUACACCAUCAACUGAGCUCGUACCUCCUGCCCCCACCAACAGCUUCCAGCUAGAGGCAGACCUAAGGAAGAUUGGAAAUGGCCCUGAAGUCAUCUACAAGUAUUUGAAGCAAAUCCAGCCUCAGGCUUAUGCAAAGAUCUUCCAGAGCUCUCUUGAACCAGACAUGCUCAAUCAGAUUCUAAGGACGUUACAAAGCUUCUACAUCAAGAAGGAAGAGCCACCUGUCAUACUGGAGAUCCUCAGGAAUCUGGCCGGUGUGAGGCGGUUCGAUAUGGCUGUAAUGUUCAUGUCCAACCCUGAGAAGAAGGUUCUACAAGAAUUGUUUGACUUUCUUCGUCAAGCUGGACUUGAGGAUGCUUCAGUAGGAGCCCUGCAAAAGAAGUAUGGAGUGUGACGUGAGUGCAGAACCCUAAAAAUGGACAUCGCCACGGAGAGCAAAAUUGUUUUUUUUACUUCAGCAAGCAAUCGCUUGGAGUUUUUCAAUGCUCUAGUCCAUGUUACUAAUCCAAACAUUGCUGUAUGUACGCAACAAUGCAUCACUUAAUUUCGGCUGCCAUGUUGGAAGGUCUGUAACAUUUGAUGUAAUACUGUUUUAUUUUUUUCCCUAUGGCUCAACAUAUAUAAGUUUCAUCCUUAUGAGAACAGUAGUUACUCUGCAUGGCCAAAACAAGUAUGUUCUAUCUGACUGCGGCCCAACAGAACCAUAUGGGGAUUAGUUCAAAUAUGCAUCUGCUACUCUUAGAAAGCCAUGAGAACUGAAAUAUGAAUAAAGGCAAAACAUUUGUGUUAUUUUCAAUUCUUCUGUCCAGGACCGUACAUCUCCAAGACAUUAAUUGCAGUGAAUGAGUGCAUACCUAAUAAAUUGACAACCUUUAUUGAUGUUCACUGAAAGUGCAGAUAUGGAGAAGACACUUUUCAGCAAAUAAAGUUUUCACAUGUUAACUGUAAAA